AUUAAUUUAUUGAACGAAGAAACUAGAAAGCAUGAAGAUACUGUUAAAAUGAUAGAUGCUAAAUUAUCAGAAAUAACUCCAAAGAUUCGAGAAGCUGAUCUCGAAUUAAAUGAAUUUCGGCAAAAGAAAGCUGAAUUGGAAAUGUCUUUCAUUAAUGAAUUAACCGAAGUUCAAAAACAUUCCGAACGCUUUCUUAGUUUAGACCGAGAAAUAGAGCAAUUUAAUCAAGGAAAAGUCAAGGAACGAUUGGGCGAAUGUAACGAUCAAAUUGAGAGAUUAGAUCAGCAGAUAACUGCUAAAACCAUUGCCAGUGAGAAUUUUGCCAAACAGUUGCAAAAUAUGGAUAAACAAGCAUCUGAAGCGCGAGAGAUUCAGAGGUCAAUUGACGAAAAUCUCAAAUACAGAAAAUUGAAGAACGAAAAAGAAAGCCUUGAUAAUCAAAUUGACGAAUUGAAUCUGCUGAAGCAAAGGCAAGGAUCAUCAAAUUACAAGGUUCGAUUGGACGAACUGCAAAAAAUUCAAGAGACGGUGUUAGCUGACUCUGCAAGGUAUACUGGAGAGCUUAAACAAUUAGAAGAGGCUGUCCGAAGAGGACAAAAUGAGCUUAACACGGAAUAUAAAGACAUUAAUGAUAGAUACACUGAUCAGUUUAUCAUAGUUAAAACCAGCGAAUUGGGUAUUAAAGAUCUUGAAACUUAUGGCAAGGCACUUGACAACGCUAUAAUGCGAUUUCAUUCGAUGAAUAUGGAAAAAAUUAACAAGAUCAUUGCUGAGUUAUGGGUAAAUACAUAUGUGGGUGAUGAUAUCGAUCGCAUUGAGAUAAGAUCAGAACAAGAAACUACCAGGGCUAAUCGUUCCUACAAUUAUAGGGUCGUCAUGAUCAAAAAGGGCAGGCCUAUUGACAUGCGCGGAAGAUGCAGCGCCGGCCAAAAAAUGUUAGCAUCAAUUAUAAUUAGAUUAGCAUUGGCAGAGACUUUUUGUAUAAGUUGUGGCGUUUUUGUUCUUGACGAACCUACCACAAAUCUUGAUGAAGGAAAUAUUAUUAAUUUGGCGGCUGGCUUAAAAGGAAUACUUGAAUCUCGUCGUGGACAGAAAAAUUUUCAGCUGAUUAUCAUCACUCAUGAUGUCAACUUUUCAAGGAUGAUAGGGGAAGCACAAUUUUCUGAUAAGUACAUCAAAGUUUCAAAGAAACACGGAUAUAGUAUUGUUAAGGAAAAAGAUUGGCAAGCACCAGAUUCAGAUGUUGAGGAUGAUGAUGACUAA